UAAGUUUGGUUGCUGCAUCCCUAUUUCCUUUCCCUUACCUAGUUGGGAUUUGACAAGAGCGUUUCUUUUUUUUUCUGUGUUGAUUGCAGCAAGACCAACAUAAUGAAGCUCAACGUUUCUUAUCCCGCAACGGGAUGCCAAAAGCUGUUCGAGGUUGUCGAUGAGCACAAACUACGUGUGUUCUACGAGAAGCGUAUGGGCCAAGUUGUGGAGGCCGAUAUUCUGGGUGAUGAAUGGAAGGGCUAUCAGCUGCGUAUCUCUGGCGGCAACGACAAGCAGGGCUUCCCCAUGAAGCAAGGUGUUCUCUCGCACGGUCGUGUGCGUCUUCUGUUGAAGAAGGGACACUCCUGCUACCGCCCACGCCGCACUGGCGAGCGCAAGCGUAAGUCUGUGCGCGGCUGCAUUGUAGACUCCAACAUGUCCGUGUUGGCGCUCGUUGUCAUCAAGAAGGGCGAGCAAGAUAUUGCCGGUCUUACAGACACCACGAUUCCACGUCGUCUGGGACCCAAGCGUGCCAGCAAGAUCCGCAAGCUGUACAACUUGUCCAAGGAGGAUGAUGUUCGUCCCUACGUUGUGCGUCGCCCAUUGCCCGCCAAGGAGGGCAAGAAGGCCACCUCCAAGGCACCUAAAAUUCAGCGUCUGAUCACCCCAGUGGUCCUGCAGCGCAAACACAGACGCAUUGCAUUGAAGAAGAAGCGCCAGCAAGCUUCCAAGGAAGCUGCCGCUGAUUAUGCCAAGCUCCUGGUGCAGCGCAAGAAGGAGUCGAAGGCCAAGCGUGAGGAGGCCAAGCGUCGCCGUUCCGCCUCGAUCCGUGAAUCCAAGAGCUCUGUUUCAAGUGACAAGAAGUAAAUGUGAAGUGGCCAACAAUUGCUAACCAACCAUCUACAUACAUCUAUCCACGAAAAUAAGAAACAAAUUUUGUAGCCAUCUCGUUAAUAAAUGUGAAUGGUCAAAAGAUAUACCUAAGUUAA